AAAAAACAUAAAUUUAUUUCGAAAAUCAUUUUUCUAUCCACAUAUUCACCAGUGCAAUUAGUUAAUUCAAUACGAACACCUAAAAUAACCCGAGCUACCUCAUCUAACUGCGGCACCUGUCACCACCUCGCAGCAAGACGAACCCGAAGCGGGAGUUGAGGAAACACGGAACAGAAGUAAGUAAUUGGCGCCCUUUUUGUGCGGCAUUUUUUUUGCCGAGGACGUCCAACUCGGAAAGCGACUUAGCGGUUAAGAAAGUGCUGGAAAUAUUGUAAUCUAUCUAACUACGAUCGAUCGCCUAACCGGUUCAACUUUUCGUUCGUUUUUUUAUCCAAUUACAAAGAGAUUUUGAAUUCCGAUUUGCAAAAAUGGUUAUUAAUCUUAACCCGUCAACCUCGACCAAUGCCAAUGGCUCCCCCCACAGCAACUUGAUGGGUAUCAUUUCCCACACCGUCCUGGAUGGCGUUGUGUAUUUACACGUGGUGUGCGCCGGCGAUUCGUCUGCCAAAUGGGUAACUAUGGCCGAAGCCAUGGCCUACUGUCCGACCGGCGUUAUUGCCUACACCAAGCUGCAGCUGUCCCAAAUCUAUGGCAUACCCAUGGACGUUCUUUUCGAGUCCAACUAAUGGCAGCCAACAUCAACCGGUCAGCUGCGAGGCGGUUGGACGAGUAGCCAAGAGGGAGCACUGCAAGCCGUAAUCACUUUUUGAAAUUUUCCAAAUUUCAAGUUCUUGAAGUUGGAAUAGCAUUUCGUAUAAACAACCAUCGAUCAAAUAACCACCUGAAAAAAAUACCCGAGAGCUAUUCAAAUAUAUGUAUUUACAGUUAGUA